AUGGAUGAUAAUUCACUUAAUAAUGAUAGUUAUGAUUGGAUGCUUAAACGGCUUGAGAGUGUCUAUGCGAUAAAGAUAGAACCAUUGACUAAGAAUAUGUAUGCUAGUGCGGUGGUGGCGGAUGAAUAUGAUGUUGAUGCUGAACUGGCUUUGAUUAAGAAGGCGAUUACACAAAUACUAACUAGAGUUUUACAGAGUAAUAAGAGUAAGGAGAUUAAAGAUUAUUUAGAACGUCGAUUUGCUCAACCAGACCCAAUUAAUCCGAAGACUGAAUUGGCUAACUUACAAAAGUACUUGCCGUUAGAAACUAGAGAGGUCUGUACAUCUAUCUCUGAAGCAAAGCUUGAGAGAAUAAUUGCUGGUAUAGAAGAAGAGAGUCCAGAAGAUACUGAAGAUAAUACUGAAAACGAACUAGCACCAACUAGUGACGAGACAGAUAAGCUUAUACCGGCUAAAACCCGAGCUGAAAAGAGAGCUAUCAAGGCAGCCAAAGCUUUAGCACUUAAAGAACAAGCUAAAAAUGAUAAAGAUGCUCUAGUUAGAGAUUAUCUAUCCAAACUUAUGCAAAUGGCUAAGUUCUGCCAUAUCAUCAAACUCACUCAACCCAAAAGGCUUCUUAGCGAAAUGAAAAGCGUCCAAGCCGAAUUGGCCCUAGCCAUCGAACGCCGCAAAGCAGAUACAAUCCGAGAAGUAGUUGCCGAGAAUAUACAAGAAUACUCUAACGAGAUCGAAUUUAUAUCUGUGGCCGAUAAACGGUUUAUUAAAGAUAAAGUUAAAGAAGUACUUGAUAAGGUUAUCAAUGACCAUAUCAACACAAACUUAAUCGACAUAAACCCGGCCAAUGUUAAGUCCGACAAUGACGGUCGUACGAUCUACACCAAACCCUUUCUUUGCGAGGCCCGUCGAAUGAAUGAACUACAGGCCAUUGGCCUGGCCGCCAAUAGUCCCCAAUUAAAACUAUCCAAGCAGGGAUUUACCAACCCAAAGGCCAUCCAGAAGAUAAUCACCAAAUCAGCCCUUGAAGUUCGCUCCCGCUGGGCAGAAGAAGCCACAGAAAUCUAUCGCAGCACAGCCCAGUUAUAUUUAUCCCCCGGGGAAUUAGCCACGCAGGCCAAUCCCUCAUCCACAGCGAGUGUUGCAGUUGUUAUCACUCCUCCUACCCCCACUAAUUCAAAUCCAACUACUCCUACUUCCAUUGCUGCUACCUCUACAGAUACUUCUACUACCCCCAAUCCAACCACUUCUACAGACACAUCAACUGCUUCUACUUCAACUACCCCCGAUCCAACCACAACCAAUCCAACCACACCUACUACACCCGCCUAUACUGUUAUCCAACCCACCUAUACUGGCAAUGUCAAUCCAGCUCUUACUCAAAUCAAAAAUCUUAACCAGAAACUGAACCGGCUCUACUUUAGCUUUGCUAAUACCUUCCACCACCACGCAAGUUCUAUCGAUAUGUCCCUAAUUGAUGCCCGAGCCCUUCAUUAUGGAAAGAUCAACGAUAUCAAAGACAGACUAUUCAGCAUUCGUGCUUGCAAACAUCCCUACCUCCGGCCUAUCAUUAUCUGGUACAAAAAACGAGCUUUCGAAAUCACUAGUUGUGGAUGUGUCCAACGGAUAAAACUCCUCUACUACGAAUUCUACGGCUCCCUACUAUCCCUCCUCCGCUACCCCCACACCCGCGAGCACAUUGAAGAUCAAGCCCAUAGCAACCAACCUUUUAACACCACUACAACCACCCCCAAGGUCCAAGAGAUUCAUCUUACUCCCGGGGCAACUGGGUUCGAUGUCCCCGUCGAUUUCAGCAAGGAUACACCCGGUCUUAAAUUUAACCAAACAACUCAAUCCGAUAGUUCGCCCCUUGAAACUCGUCUUGUCUAUACACACAAAGGCAUAAAAUACUGUGUUCCUAUUUCCAUCACUCCCUCAACCAUUCCCCAAGCAACCCAAGGCACAUUCCACCGCAUGCUGGCCAAUAUCGGUUUAGUAGCCGAUGUUAUUUUCUACAGCACAUCCAUCUUAACUCUACUAUUCUUCCUUCUGGUUGACGAAUUCGACCUUCACAGCAAACUCACAUCUUUAACCUCAGCAGGUAUUCUCACUAAUAUUGGUCUUAUUUUCGCCAUUAUAAUCAUUACUACUCUCCUUUCAUUCAUUCUUACCCACUUCUUUAUAUUUACUUGCCAAGUCACUGAACUAGCCCAUCCCAAGCACCAAAAGAACGUCCGGUUCCUAGUCUAUGUCACAGUCCUAUCUAUUCUUUGUCUAGCCGUUCUUCUAUUUUCCUACUAUUAUUCCCUCUCCAUCACUGUCUAUCUCUUCCUUUCCUUCUUCUUCCUAGCCACCCCCACUAUCUUCAUCAGUCACCGACUCGGCACACUCCUUCCUUCUUUCACACAAGCCUACUACAACCGCCAUACCCACCAACAAACAACCCUCCAAGCCAUUUACAGUUGGAUAAAGCAGCACAUUGCCCAAUCCCUCAUCCGCCACAUUAUUCAAUUCCUCCUAACUCUACUAGCUCUUUUCCUUAUCUUCCAAGCCGUCGACUUCUUCCAACAAGCCACCAACCAAAUCUCAACCCUAGCCCUAACCCAAUCCUAA